CAAAGAUUAAAGACAAGCUAAGUGUAACAUCCCAAACCGUCAAGUCAUUAAACGUUGAUCGUUAUUGGUUGCCUAACGCGCUCGCACAAAAUGAAUGUUUGAUCAAAACGUUUCGAAAUGUUCGCCGGCGAACAUCAUUAAAUUUCGUGGAUAUUAUCUUAGUCAAAGUAUUUAAUUAUUUAAAAUGUUGAAGUUUCGAUUAAUUUUGACUGUGUUAACAGUAUUAUUAAUAACUGUGAACGGACAAUUCGGAGUAAAUAUUGAAAAUAAGAGUUCAACGUCAUCAUCUAAAAGUGCAGCUUCGAAACCCAGUGGUAAUUUCGCAAUCCCCACCGCACUACGACGUCCAAAUCCGUUUUUACAGAGGCUACCAUCGGCAGCAGCUGACCAAGAGGCUCUGUUCCAGUCCAAAACUGCUCAGGCCCAACCACAACCCAGUGCCCAGCCUACCAACAAACCAUCUUUUCAGAAUGGGCAACAGUCGGGAGGCAAUCAACCAAUGUAUCCCAAUCAACCCGACCCCUAUCAGACAGGGUCAUACCAAGGGCCCUAUAAUUCGAUGAACUCAAACAAUAAUAAUCCGCCGACCAUGGCAGGGCCUGUCCCAGCUGAUAGAAUCUCUUACCAGCCGGCACCGAAAAACACAGUUCAGAGUGGUUACCAACAACCCAUGCCUGGUCAACAAUCCAUGCAGGUUCCCAACAAUGGUCCCUCCCUACCGGCUGGGCCGAGCUAUGACCUACACAAUCAGUACCCACCCCAACAAAAUGGGUAUCCACCACAGCAACAAAUGCAAGAACCUCAUUUCUCUUCUCAAUAUCAAUCACAGUUCCCACAAUACAACCAACCACAAUCUGGUAUGCAACCACCAAUGACUUUAAAUUCUCCUGCUGGUCCAGUCCAAACACCCGGCUUCAACGAUCCAAAUGGUAAAGGAUACGAUGCAUUUGGUCAGCCAUCUUAUCCUGCGUAUGAACAACAGCCACAAGCUCAACCAGGUGCAUACCAACAACCGCAAACUCAACCGGGUGCAUAUCAACAACCACCAGCUCAACCUGGCGCAUAUCAACAACCACCAGCUCAACCUGGCGCAUAUCAACAACCACCAGCUCAACCUGGCGCAUAUCAACAACCACCAGCUCAACCGGGUGCAUACCAGCAACCACCAGCGCAACCAGGUGCAUACCAGCAACCACCAGCUCAACCAGGUGCUUAUCAGCAACCGCAGACAGGAGCAUAUACACAGCAAAGUCAGCCACAAACUGGCGGAUACCAACAGUCAUACGUUGACCCAAAUCAGCAAUACCAGACACAGCAAGGCCAAUCACAAUAUCCUCAAUACCAGCAACCUGCAAACCCUGCACAGCCUACCCAAACGUAUGCGGAUCCUAGUGUACCAAUUCCAAGAGUGCCAGGGCAGCAACAACCUUACGACCCACAAGCUCAACCUCAGGGAGUCCCAGCUACUGCUCCAGCACCAGGCAAGUACUUAACAUUUCUUUUCUAG